AUGCCACCUAAAAAAGGUGACGCAAAAUCAGCUGCCAAGAAAGGCAAGACAGAGGAGCCCAAGAAGGGAGGAAAGGAAGAUAAGAAAGGAGGGAAAGAUGACAAGAAAGGAGGAAAGAAAGUGGAGGAACCAGUUAAGGGGAAGGGGAAGGAUGAUGCAAAGACAGGAAAGGGAAAGAAACCUGUCAGUGAGUCAGAGGAGGGGUCAGAGGAAGAAGAAGAGGAGAUGAAGACUGAAGAAGAGGGUGAAAACACCGAGGAAGAGGUAGUAACCAAGAAAGGGAAAGGGAAAACAGCACUGAAAGGUGCAUCCAAAGCCAUGGUUGUGAAGGGUUUUAAGCCCCUUCCUAAACAUUCACGUCCAUCUGAUGAUAAGGGGGAGGAAGAGAAAGGGAAACCGGUGAAGAAAGGGAUGGGUGCAAUAAACCUGAAAAAGAUGAGUGAUGUCCACAUCAAAGGAGCCUCCAAGGCCAUGAUGGGCUUUGCAUCAGAGGGACAGAAGAAGAAUGCAGCAGCACCAAAAGUACAGAAGACAGUAGAUGCGAGGAGUCACCUCAAAGGAGCCUCCAAAGCCCUCACAGGCAUUAAAGGAAAGUCCUCUCCUUUUAGCAUGCCUUCUAAACAAAAGCAGCCUGAGAAAGCAAAACCAAAGAGAAACUUUAAGAGCACUUCCCAUCUAUUCAUUCGCCUCUCCAAGAAAAAGAAACCAACUGCUGGUGGUAAACCACUUCUAGGCGCCAGCAAGCUUUUUUCUGGGUUUGGGGCUAAAUCCUCUUCCGCUGACAAAAAGCUGGGUCUGUCUGGCUUCAGCCAAUUGAAUAAAAAAGACAAUGACGCAAAAGAAACCACACCUCCUAAAAAGACAGUAAACCUAUCCAGUUUAGGGGCGAAGGGGAAAAUGGCAACAGAGGCAAAGGGACUGGGAGGGAAGUUCAAAGGCAUGUUUGGGAAAAAGAAAGCAGGAUCAGAGUUUAAGACAAAAGGUUGGAUGUUAGGAAGGAUAGCUGCAGCAACUAACUGGUUGACAGGAAGGUUCCUAACUUCUAAGGGCCAAGGUCGGCUGGGAGUACGGGCAGGAGGACGUGAGCGAAAGCACCUGUCAUUUACUAACAGGGACACUAGAGGGAGAGAAACACAUUAUUACAAUGAGGCCUAUGAGUAUGAUGAUGAUGAGUAUGGAUAUGAGGAAGAUUACCACAGCAGUUGGAGACCUAGAGGCUUCCUGAGACGUCCCCAGACCAAUGACCCAUAUGGAGAGGAAAUGGAUUACUAUGACGAUGAUGAAUGGGAAGAUGAAUAUGGUUACUAUGAUGAAGAGGGCAACUUUUAUUAUGAUGAUGAGUUUUACUAUGAUGAUGACGAGGAUUACUACAGUUACCCGUAUGGCUAUUUUGAUGAUGAGUAUGAAGAUUACUAUGGGGAUGAAGGGAUGGAGUAUUACUAUGGUGAAGAUGGAAUGCUGUAUGCAAUGGAGCCAGAGCCAUAUGGUUACUAUGGUAAUGCAAUGGAUGGUUUCUAUGAUCCAUAUGAUCCUGAGCUGUAUGGAGAUUACUUUGACCACGUUAUGGAUUAUAACUAUGAGAUGUCAGAUCCAUAUGGCAUGAUGAGUGGUGGUUAUGAUGUUGUUCCAGGGUUAUACAAUGACCCAAUAUUGGGAUAUACAGACCCUGCUGCUAUUUAUUACCCAUACCAGCAACCUUUCUAUAUGGAUGCUGGGCUGGAUCCAGCUGAGACAGGACAGCUACUUGGACAGGAGCAGCUCUCUUACCCUCUUGCUGAGCCAUUUUCUGCAGAGCAGUUCAGAGUCCCCAGGCCCCAGGUUAGGCUAUUUGGAAAAGACAGACUAGAGGUGGAAACCCUGCCACCUCCUCAUCAUCAUCAUUCUCGUCCCUCCUCCCCAAUGUUUCCCUCUCCCUCCCCAGCUCUUGCCCUCAAUAAUAUGGCUAUGGUGUCAGAUAUACAAUAUGAGCAGCCCCUUCCCACAUACCUUCCUGCGCAGCCCCACUGCCCCACUGUUAUGAACCAACAACAAACCCCUAUUAUUCCUAUACAAGCCCCCAUGCCAACAGCUGGGAUCAUUCAACAGGAACAAUUCCCUCUCCCUCAGCCUUCUUUUGCUGUUUCCCCCAGUCAUUUGUCCCCACAACAAUUUGCCUCCCAAGUAUACCAACCCUUCCUCCCCCAAGACCCGCAUAUGUUCCAAAUUGGGCAAAUGUCACCAAUGGUCCCACCAGUACAGCCACCAAUGCCUCCAAUGAUGCAUUCACCACUGCAUUCGCCAGUGGCCUCACCAAGGCCAGUGCGACGAAUGAGUCCCCUUCCAUCCCCACAGCUAUCACCCAGGCCAGGAUCAACUAGGGCAAUAGCACCUCCUUCACCCCGCCUCUCAUCACAUAAUAUGGACUUCCAAGCAGGCAUCCAGCCAGACCCCUACAUUUCUCCCCGCUUACAUAAAAGACGGCUCACCCAGCGGGCCUCAAUGUCAGGCCAAAGGCCAGCUUCCCCACUUGGCAGGCGGAGACCACCCAGCCCACCUGCUUCUCCAUCACACCACAGGAAAGGGAUGUCAGUUAGAGCUCAGCCAUCUCUAGCAAGAGGGAGGGGGGGAUUUGGGUUGCGCAGGGCUCCAUCAACUGUCCGACCCCAAUCCCCACUUUCUAGCCCCCUAGCUUCACCCAGGGCAUCGCUGAGGAAGAGAACAAGCCCACCACCUUCCCCAAGACUCUCUUUCAGGCAGCAACCCCCUCCAGAUGCAGUGCCUCUGCCAUCUACCAGACCUCAUUUGUUCCAAGGCAGAAAACAAACAUCCAAGAUGAGGCAUUCACCAUCUCCUCCUCUACCAUCCCCACAAAGACGGAGCCCUCCUCUACCUGAGAGAGCCCAGUCUCCCCCUCAAGCCUUUCGCCCCACCUCCCCCCAUCAUCCUCCUUCUCCUUCCCCAUCUCGUAUCACCAGUCGCCCUCUCCCCACCCGAUCCUCUACUCGCAGGCUGAGAGGUGGUGCUGGAGGUCGAAGUCAUGUGCCCAUGGGGGCGGUGAAACCCUCCCCAGCUAACCCAUACCUACAGAGACGCAGUAGACAUGGACCUCCUGUCACUCAACAUGUAGCCCCUUUCAGGUCCUCUAUCCAUAGUGGCCAAGCCCCUCCCUCAGGACAGAUGGGAGAUGUAGCUGGAGCCCCCAUGCUAGCCAGGACAGGCUCCCGACCUACAGGGUUAAGGGAAUCAAAGCGAAUUGGUACUCCCCAAGGGGGUUUCCACAGACCUGUAGGUAGGGGGCAGCCACUAGUCCGUAUGCCCAGAAAUCAGCCUUCUCUUCCAUCUAGACAGUCAUUCAGAGCACCUCCUCCAGGGCCUCCUGUCUCUCCACAGCUUCCAUUGAAACGGAGUGGCCCUCUUUCUCCCCAACCAUCAGUGCGUAGGCUGCAGAGUAGACCUCAAUCUCCACAACCACUGCAGCGUCCAUCCCCCCUGCCCUCCCAUUCAGCCUAUCCUAUGCACCAUCUAUCUCACCCACCCUCUCCCUUGCCCCACAGGGCUAUGAGUCCCCAAAGUCUAGGGCCAACAUCUUUUCAACCUCCAGUAGCUCACCCUAGUCUUUCCCCUGGUACCCCCUUUCCACCAUCUCAGAGUAUCACCCAGCAUGACUACACAAUGAUGGAGCCAGGCCCAUCCCCAAUGCUUGCAAAUGCUUUACCACAGCCUCGGGUUGUUGUCUACCCCCAAAACCUCCCUCCACCUGCACCCUCAUCACCUUAUCUAGGACACAUGCUCCAGAACCCUUAUUUGCAGAAUGUUAGCAACACCACACCUUUACAGAGAAGCACUUCCCCCAUACAUGGUGGGGAUGGGGAGAUAUUAGCUGAUGUACAGGCAAGCCAGGAGAUGAGCCCAUAUGCCACUUUUGGUCUAUCCAAUGCUUUAAUGCAGAACUCCCGUCUGCGCAGUGCCUCCUACUCAUCUCCUCUACAACGCAAUGCCAAUGUCUAUACAAAUGUCCUCACACCCCCUCAUGCAGCAGCACCUCCUGUCCCCUCUGUCCCCUCCUCCCCCAACUUGUCCUCUGCUAUGCUUACCUCCCAGCUACGUAAUGCUUCCUUUGCCUCACCCCUUCAGCGACACCUCUCCCCCAUGUCCCACGCUUCUCCUGUUGCUCCUUCCACCACAUCUCAACAAGGGACUAUCAGAGGUACCUCCCCACUUCUCUCUGGUGGACUGCAGACCUCCAAAAUCCAGGGAUCCAUGUUCAGGCUUCCAGGUGGCACUUUGACAAUGUCCCAGAUCCCUGUUGAGCCCCCAGUAACCAUUGAUGGUGGGGGCGGUGGUGGGAGGCCUUCACCCACUGUGCUUUCCAAUGCCCUGCAGAAUCAAAGCCUACGUCAGGCCACUUAUCGACUACCUGAUGGCUCACUGGUCACUAGAACUGAACCUGCAGAACCUUCCUCAGGUCCAUCUCCCCUCUCCUCCUCUAUGCUGUCCUCUGCCUUGCUCAAUCCCAGUUUGCGACAGGCCACAUAUCGUUUGCCUGAUGGUACUCUAGUAACCAGGACAGAGCCCACACCUGUUCCCUCCCUUUCCUCACCUAUGCUUUCCUCUGCACUGUUGAACCCCAAUGUACGUAAGGCCUCUUAUCGAUUACCAGAUGGUUCAAUUCUAACACAUCCAGGAGGGGAGACGCAGAAUCCUGAGAGUGCAGUAUCAUCCCCAGGGCUAUCUAGCGCCCUGAUGAAUGCUAACCUGCGUAAGGCAAAGUUUCAGCUCCCAGGUGGAUCAUCAUUGUUUUCACAGAACCAAACCCAAGUUCCCACCUCUGCCUCCUCCGGGCCUGCCCUCUCUGGUGCCUUGCUAAACACCAACAUCCGUGGUGCCUCUUACAGACUCCCAAACACAUCACUAUUGAUGCAACCUGGUUCUGCUGAUGCCACCGAGUCACGCUCCCUCGACCUUUCCAGUGCUCUCCGCAACCAGAACCUCAAAUCUGCCUCUUACCGUUUGCCAGAAGGAACUUUGAUGACCCACCCCCAGCCCUCUUCUGCAUCCCGAUCACUUGACCUGUCUAAUGCUUUGUCAAAAAAUCCGAACCUUCGAGGGGCAAAAUACCGUCUCCCAGAUGGUAAUAUCAUGACACGGCUAGGUGCCCCUAGCACCCCGGAACCCCGCUCGUUAAAUCUCUCUGGUGCCCUGCAGAACCCUCACCUCAGGGGGGCCUCUUACCGCCUACCCUCCUCAUAUGCUGUAGUGUCACCCCAGGUCCAGGGAUCUGGCCCUGAACAGCACUGGGCACAUGGCCCUGGAGUUGAAGCUUUGGGUUUGCAGCAAGAUGCGGAUGUGUGGGGUGCAGAGAGGGUUCUACCUCAUGGGACAGUGCAGAACCUCAAUAAGUGGUCCAUGUAUAGAGACGGGGAGCUGCUGGACCCCCACAGCCUUAUGGGAGAGGGACAUGUGGGGCAUGAACAAGGGGAGUGGAAUCUCAGCAGGGAGGGGGAGCCACAAGGGCACUGGUUUGACAAGAUGUACUCAAUCAGAAGCCUGCCCACCAUGGCUCACCGGGAGCAACGUGAGGAAGAUGGAGUGGAAGAUAUGACACAGCUAGAAGAGAUGCAUGAAGGGGCUGUUCUGCUGAACCUGAGGAGAAGGUUUGAGAGGGAGCUUAUUUAUACAUAUAUAGGUAGUAUUCUGGUUUCUGUGAACCCAUAUAAGAUGUAUAACAUCUAUGGGACAGACAUGGUGCUGCUGUACAAGGGUCAUGCUCUGGGAGAGCACCCUCCGCAUUUGUUUGCCAUAGCAAACGCUGCUUAUUCCAAAAUGAUGGAUGCCAAACACAACCAGGUCAUAAUAAUCAGUGGGGAGAGCGGGUCUGGGAAAACAGAGGCCACCAAACUAGUCCUUCGCUACCUAGCAGCAAUACAUCACAAAUGCAAUCUUGCGCAACAGAUUGAGAUACUUGAGGCAGCUCCUCUGCUGGAAUCUUUUGGAAAUGCCAAAACUGUACGGAAUGAUAAUUCCAGUCGCUUCGGGAAAUACAUUGAAGUCUUUCUGGAGGAUGGUGUGAUUAGUGGUGCCAUAACCUCUCAGUACCUACUGGAAAAGUCCCGCAUCGUCUUCCAGGCCAAAGAUGAGAGGAACUAUCAUAUCUUCUACGAGAUGCUGGCAGGUCUUCCCUCGCAGCAGAAGCAGGCUUUCUAUCUACAAGAGGCUGAGACCUACUAUUACCUUAACCAGGGAGGGGAUUGUGGGAUAACAGGAAAGAAUGAUGCAGAGGACUUCCUGCGUCUGCUUGCUGCCAUGGAGAUCCUCCACUUCACCCCUGAAGACCAGUCGGCCAUCUUUAGACUUCUGUCUUCCAUACUGCACCUGGGCAAUGUCUAUUUUCAGAGAUAUGAGGCUGAUGGCCAGGAGGUGGCGUCAGUGGUGAGCGCUCAGGAGAUCAGAGUGGUGGCAGAGCUGCUGCAGAUCUCUCCAGAGGGACUACAGAAAGCCAUCACCUACAAAGUCACGGAGACAAUGAGGGACAAGAUCUACACCCCACUGACUGUGGAAAGUGCUGUAGAUGCCAGAGAUGCUGUUGCCAAGAUCCUGUAUUCGCUGCUCUUCCACUGGUUAACAGAGAGGAUCAACGCUCAGGUGUACCCUCGCCAACACACUCUCUCCAUCUCCAUCCUGGACAUUUACGGAUUUGAGGAUCUGGCCUUCAACAGCUUUGAGCAGCUUUGCAUUAAUUAUGCAAACGAGUACCUGCAGUUCUUCUUCAACAGGAUCGUAUUCAGGGAAGAACAGGAGGAGUACAGCAGGGAACAGAUUCCCUGGCAGGACAUCCCAUUCAGUGACAACCAGCCCUGCAUCGACCUCAUCGCCUCUAAGCCUCAUGGGAUACUGAGGAUUCUGGACGACCAGAGCUGUUUCCCACAGGCGACGGACCACACUUUCCUCCAAAAGUGUCACUAUCACCAUGGCAACAACCCACUGUAUCUGAAGCCAAAGAUGCCCCUCCCAGAGUUCACCAUCAAGCACUUUGCUGGCCGGGUCACCUAUCAGGUUCACAAGUUCCUCGAUAAAAACUACGACCAGGUCCGACAGGAUGUCCUGGACCUGUUCAUUCAGAGCAAGAACAAGAUGGUGUCAAACCUCUUCAUGGUUCACGCAGAGCUCAUGGGUCAGCAGAAAGGAGGUCACAUGAGGAAGAGCAGCACAGUCACCAGAAAAUACCAAGCUCCCACCGUCAGCAACAAGUUCCAACAGUCUCUGCUCGAACUAGUGGAGAAGAUGGAGAGGUGCAACCCUAUUUUUGUUCGCUGCAUUAAGCCAAAUAAUAUGAAGCAACCAGGUGUGUUUGAGGACGACCUGGUCAGCAGCCAGCUGCGACACUCUGGUGUCCUGGAGACCAUCAGGAUCCGCAGAGAGGGAUAUCCUGUCAGAAUGCCAUUCUACGUCUUCCUGUUCAGGUAUAAGUCCCUAGUGGGGAUUCGAGAGCUUCCAGAUGCAAAUGGAGAAAACUGUGUGAUAAUGCUCAGUAAACUGUGUCCUCUCACACCAGGAGCCUACCAUGUUGGCGUCACAAAGUUGUUUCUGAAGGAGGACAUCUACCAGUUGUUGGAGUGCAAACGGGAGCGCUGCCGUGAUCUGGCCGCUCUCACCCUGCAGCGUUACACCCGCAUGUUCUUCGUCAGGAAACGCUUUGUGGCCUUUCGCAAAAAGAUCAUCGGGCUGCAGGCGCAGUGCCGAGGCUUCCUCACAAGGAAGCGCUAUGUGAAAAUGAGGGAGAGUCUGGUUCGGUUCCGCUCCCUCGUCCACAUGUACGUCAGCCGCAAGCGAUACAUCAAGAUGAAGUUUGAAGCCCGGAGGAAAGCUGAAGAGGAGAGGAGGAAGAGAGAGAUGGAGCUGACCAAGAGGGAGGUGGUGAAUGUCACACACUUGGUGAUCCCUGCAGAGCUGGGUGCUUUACUGCAGACAGCAGGAGUCAGGAGGGAGCUGCACUCAGACUGCUUGGCUCUGCUUCAGGCUCCACAUAUCCAGGAGUCCUCCUCAUAUCAACUCACUCUGCCUCUGGACAUCAACAACUACCCGUUCUACCGCUUUGUACAGAUCUACUUCAGGGAACCAAAGUUUGGGAUGUUGAUGGCCCCUCUGGAGUCACCUCUGACCCGUGUAGAAGAGGACCUGAGAGAGGAAGCGCUGGAGCUUUUCAUCAUGGUACUACGAUUCAUGGGGGACCCUCACCUGAACGGGGCGCAGGAAAACAUGUUUGGGAAUUACAUCAUCCAAAGGGGCCUGUUGUCUCCGGGGUUACGGGAUGAGAUCCUGGCUCAGGUUGUCAACCAGGUGUGGAGGAACAUGAACGCUGACAACGCUGAGAGAGGCUGGCUGCUGCUGCUGGCGUGUGUCUGCAGCUUCGCCCCAUCGCCCAAGAUGGACAAAUAUCUGCUGAAGUUUGUUUCUGACCACGCCCCCGCUGGUUGCCAGGCGCUGCUUCAACACAGACUCAUCCAAGCCAAUCAGAAGACACAGAUAGGCUCAAGCUCCGCCCCUGAGACUGCACGCACCUAUCCACUGUCACUGCUGGAGUGGACAGUCAAUAGGAAAAAAGCUAACAUGGUGUUGCAUGUGCACUGUUUUGACGGAGGGUCAUUCCUGUGUCCCGUCCAUUCAUGGACCAGCGGAGAGGAUUUGGCAGGAGACAUCCUUCGCCACAGGGGAGUGUCUGACUGGUGGAGGGGGAGCUCAGUUCUGAUGAAGGAGCACGGCCAGUGGGUGGAGUUAGCGGGUCAUGACUAUGUGAUGGACCUGAUUGCGGACCUGGAGCUUCCGACUGACUUCCCGAAGCAGAAGAGCUACUUCGUCAUCAGCACCAACAAUCCUGCUAGAGUCCGAGCUAAUGCCAGCCUUGCUUUGUUUGGCAGUGGAUUUGACUCAGAUGAGGAGCUUCCUCCUUCCUUUCCUCUCAGCAGCAGCAGCAGACCAGCCUACAGUCUACCUGACUCUGAUGGUUACUACAGCCAUGUAGAGUCAGAUGCUUUCAGUGACGGUCAGACACAGAGAGGAAUGGAUCGCUACCUGGACAGUCUGUUUGACCCUGUGUUGUCAGACAGCAGCAUAGACAUGGAAAAGACUGGAAGUUUGUCAGCGAGGAUGAAGGGAGGAGGAGGUAUAGGUAUCACAGGAGGAGGAGGAGGAGGAGGAGAGGGGGAGAGUUAUUCGGCUCCCAGUCGGCCUUAUCCACCAGGAAUACACCCUGGAGCUGUGCCAGUGCUUCCAGUAGCAGGAGGAAUGAUGCCACCCAUACCUGCCAUGCCAAUCCCCUCCCACCAUCAUCACCAUGAACAGCAACAGCAACAGCAACAACAGCAGCAGCAGCAACAACAACAGCAGCAGCCACAACAGUACCACCAGUACCACCAGUACAACCAGCCCCAACACCCCUACCAACAGGCUUCUUCCACCACCACUCCUGCCACACGUGUUGCACCCAACCCGUCAUCCACUCACGCACCCUCUGCUGCCCCCGCUACUGUUACAGAUGCUGAUGUAGCAUCCCAUGUCACUGGUGUCCCCAGUUUGCCCGGGGUGCCCUCGCUCCCUGCCACGACUAUGGUUCCAGGCUUGCCUGUGAUGACAGGUGUGCCAGGAUCGGAGCAGGCAGUACUGACUCAGCAGCAACAGGCCAUCAUCAACCAGCAAGCUAUCAUUCUGGCCCAACAGAUGACCAUGCAGGCCAUUGCAAUCCAGCAGCAGAUGUUGUCCUCCUUCCCCCCCGUGGCCCCGGCCCCCCAGUCUCCACCUUUACAGCAUCACUCGCAGCCACGCUCCCACACACCCAGCCCUACCAGAGAGAGAGAAGAUUCACCGUACAAGCCUAGUCCUGCUGCUGUUCAGCGAAAAAUGAGUCCAACGCGUCGCCCUCCUCCUGAGGACAUGGUCCGAUCCAGUGUGAAUAACACCGAGCGCAUGGAGCCCAGCCAUGACAUCAAAGACAUCAUCAAACAGCACCAGCCUGCUGGCACAACAACUUCUACUGGACCUGCCACACAAAAGAAAGAUGAUGGAAAAAUGUUUGCAAAGAAGCCAGAUCCUCAUGAUGAAGCCAUGGAGAUCCUUAAAGACCAGAUGGCAAACCCACCACAACCGAGUCAAAGGAAGCCUCCAUCCUCCCAACCCAAAGAAGAGGUAGGAAUUAAGGUUACCAAGACGACCAAGCCUCGCCCUGUGGGGCCAACCAGCUCCAACAUAAGCCCUGCCCCUCCUCCAGUUUCUAGAGAGUUGCCAGUAGAGGAGGAGAUCAUACAGACUCAGCUCCACAGCAGGACUAGUGAUGAAUAUUACACGUAUACUAACGUCCCCUGGAAACUCUACAUGAGGAAAGAGGUGUUUUAUCCUAGAGAGAACUUCAACAAUCCACUGAUUCUGGACCUGAUCUUCAGACAGGUUGUACAUGAUACCUUCUCUGAGGCCUGCAUCCGUAUCACUCAGGAGGAGAGACAGAAGAUGAGAGCUCUGUUUGCGGAGAACAAGGUGGAUCAGGUUUCAGGAACUCAUGAUGAGAACGUGAAGAAGAAAGUGGUCGCCAUGGCAAGAGACUCGUGGGAGAUCUACUUCUCCCGCCUCUUUCCAGCCUCUGGCAGUGUGGGGACAGGAGUGCAAGUGCUGUCUGUGUCUCAUAAAGGCAUCAAGCUGCUGAAGAUGGUGAAGAGCAGCUCCACGGCUCCAGAUUACUUCAGAGUGCUGAGGCCUUACAGCUACUCAGACAUCCUGUUUGUGUCGAUUCCAUCCAAGAACAUGCUGGAAUUCAACCUGAUCAGCGAGAAGCUGAUCUUGUUCUCCGCCAAGGCCCCGCAGGUCAAACACAUGAUCGACUACUUCCUCACAGAGCUCAAGAAGGACUCAGAGUAUGUGGUGGCAGUGAGGAACUACAUUACUGAGGACAGGACUCUGCUCAGCUUCCACAAAGGAGACAUCAUAAGACUACAGCACAUGGAUGGGCUGGAGGCGGGCAAAUAUUACGGCUGCAUAGUGAGGAAGAAGGUCAUGCUUCUGGAAGAGCUAAAGAGAGACACUCCUGAGUUUGGCUGGCGGUUUGGGGCUGUGUACGGGAAGUCAGGAGUGUUUCCCUGUGAGUACGUCCGACCUGUGGCCGCUCCAGACUUCCUGGUUCUCCCUGCUGAACGGCUGGAGCCUCGUGACAGACAGGGACGGGUUGCCGCCUCAGCUGCUGUUGCUGUAGCGAUGGGCUCAGCAAUAGCUGCCCAUGAGCUUGAUCUCUCCACAGAGGUGGUGAAUGAGAUCGGCGAAAUGGACGAUCUGCCUCUGCACAGCAGCCAGUACCACAUGGCUGAGUUUGCCAAGAAGUACUUCAGAGAGGCGCAGAGGAACAGGAGUGAUCAGAAAGCCAAAAAGGGGAAGGAGGGCAGAGACCCUGUUGACAUGGUCAAAUUCUCCAAGUCUCCAAUCCAGGAGUCUCUGAUCGACUUCUCAGACAGCGGGAUGAACAGAGUGGCUGCUGACAUCUUCUUAGCUAUAAUGAAGUUCAUGGGAGACUUCCCACUGAAAGGUCUGACUGAACAGGACCUCGUCACCAGUAUACUGAAGUUAAGUGGUGAUCAUGGUCUGAUGAAGGAUGAAGCCUAUUGCCAGGUGAUGAAGCAAGUCACUGCCAACACCAGCUCCAAACCGGACAGUUGUCAGAGAGGAUGGAGGCUGCUGUACAUCCUGACAGCUUUCCAUCGUUGCUCUGAUGUGAUGAAGCCAUUCCUGUUGAAGUUUCUGCAGGAUGCCUGUACCAGCACCGGGGUGCAGUACCAAGGUAUUGCCAAGGCAUGCGAGCAGAAUCUGAGGAGGACUUUUCAAUAUGGCGGGCGCGUACAGUAUCCCAACAGCAUGGAACUGAAAGCUAUGCUGGCUGGGCGGAGCUCCAAGAGACAGCUGUUCCUGCUGCCAGGUGGAAUUGAAAGGCACUUGAAAAUCAAGACGUGCUCUGUUGCGUUGGAUGUCAUUGAGGAGCUUUGCUAUGAGAUGGGCCUACACAGGGUGGAGGCUUUGGAUGAAUAUGCCAUCUUUUUGGUCACACACAGAGGUCAGAAUGUGCGUCCCCUGAACAAGCGUGAGUACAUCCUGGAUAUUGCUACAGAGGCAGAACCAGUGGACGCCAACUACAGUCUGUGGUUCAGAAGAGUCAUAUGGAGUCUGGCUCUCAAACUUGACAAUGAACUAUAUGUCACCAUGCACUAUAACCAGGUGUUACCAGACUACCUUAAGGCCUUGCUGAGUGUGGUUCCUCAGGGUAAGGCCAGUGAACAGCAUCUGCAGCAGAUCGCCAGACUGGCUGCCCUACAGCACCGUGCCAAGGACACCAUCUACCUGCCCACCAUCCGUGAGCUGCAGGAGUGUGUCCCCUCACAGUUCUACAGCAAACAGGGUCCACAGCAGUGGCUGAAUAUGGCAACUCAACACAUGCAGCAGGUCCAGCCUUUAAACCCACACCAGGCCCGUGCACAGUUCCUUGGUCUGGUCAGUGCCUUCCCCAUGUUCGGCUCCUCCUUCUUCUACAUCCAGAGUUCUAGCUCGGCCUCCAUCUACGCUCCGUGCAUCCUGGCAGUAAAUCUGAAUGGACUGCACUUUCUUAACAAGGAUACCCAUGAGGCCAUGGUGCGUUUCCCUCUGAAGGAGGUCCAGUCAACUCGCACUCAGAGACCAACUUCAGGCUCCAGUUACCCGUACGUGGAGAUCAUGAUAGGAGACCUGCUCAACCAGCGCAUCACACAGCUUCAGCUGGAGCAGGGCCUGGAGCUGUGCCGAGUCAUUGCCAUGCACAUGGAGAACAUGCUAUCUGUCAGAGAAAAGAGACUCACUUUGCCACCAAGCGAAAUCACUCUGCUAUAGCACAAACACGCACAUGCACACACAGACAAAUCACACCUUAUGCCUCAUUAAUGUACUGUAUCUACCUCUAUUUUAAAAAUAGAAUAUUUUUGAUAUUUAAAGCCCAUAUGUCUGUAAUAUGAUGAAUAUAUGGUGAUGUAUACAAUUAAGUCUGCAACUGACAGAGAUUUUCAUUACGAAUCAAUCUGACAAUUAUUUUCUCCAUUAAUCAUUUGGUUCAUAAAAUGUCAAAAAAUUGUGAAAAAUGAUGAUCACAAAUCACCACCCAAGUUGACAUGUUUAAAUUGCUUGUUUUGUCCAACGAACAGUACAAAACCCAAAGAUAAUCUGUGCACUAUCAUAGAAG